CAUGAGGAGACUGCAACGAAAAUAAAAUCGUGUCGUACGUGGAGCGAAAAAGACGGCAAAGAGGAGCUGCUAGGUGGUUUGCUGGAUUUCUCUCAUUGACGUAGAAACACUAUUUAUCCAAGACACUACUGACCAGGCCUCUGGAGGCACAGAAAACCUGGGCAUGACAGGGUGUGACAUAUGACGAGAACCACCGCGGCUGCGUACGCUGACGUUUCCAGCAUCACAUGCGAGGACUGUGAAGUAUCUCGACACAGUUGUGACUUUCCCAUAUUCUGAAUUCUCAAUAUGGACGUGACUCACCUGCUGCUGUGGCUAUUCGUUGCUCCAGUCUGGUGCCAGUCUAAUGAUACAACUUCUGCAACAACAUCAAUGGUAGCAACAUUAUCAACAUCAACAUCAACAGCAUCAACAUCAACAACAUUAACAAUCCCUGCAACCAUGCCUACCAUCAACUGUUCAGUCUGGGAAGCGACCAACACAACAAUUCAGGGUUUUGUCCUGGGAAGUUUCAAUAAUGCAACUGCAACUUCUGAAUCUGUCACUGUUUAUGGUGUUUUAACAAACAAUACGGUGUCCUUCCAAAACUUGGAGCCCGGAUGCAUGUACGCUUUGGCUAUUUUGUCCAAUUCUGAAACACUGUGUAAUAAUUCCAAGGCAACAGUCGCAGAACCAGUCAGUGAUAUUCAGAUGAGCCCCAUAAACUCCACAUCUCUCUCUGUGAGCUGGAACGACGCACAAGGCUGUGUGAGACAGUACAUUGUCCGUUUGAACAACAGCGAGAAUUCCACGACAACAAACUAUACAGAGUUCCACGACUUGGUCUCUGGUUGCAGUUACACUGUUAAUAUCACAACAGUGGGUGAAGGAGAUUAUUCUGCUUUUGCCACAGGACAAGGAGCGACAGUCGCGGCUCCAGUCAGUGACGUUACAGUCAACUCCGAAAACUCUACAUCUCUCUCCGUGAGCUGGACAAAAGCUCUUGGCUGUGUGAAAGAGUACAUAGUUCAUCUAACCAAAGGAAAUGCAACAAUGGAGAACUAUAAUUAUACAGAUGAGACAACAAACUAUACAGAGUUCCACAACUUGGACCCUGGUUGCAUUUACACUGUUAAUAUCACAACAGUGGGUGAAGGAAAUUAUCCUGCUUUUGCCACAGAGCAAGGAUCGACAGUCGCGGCUCCAGUCAGUGACGUUACAGUCAACUCCGAAAACCCUACAUCUCUCUCCGUGAGCUGGACAAAAGCUCUUGGCUGUGUGAAAGAGUACAUAGUUCAUCUAACCAAAGGAAAUGCAACAAUGGAGAACUAUAAUUAUACAGAUGAGACAACAAACUAUACAGAGUUCCACAACUUGGACCCUGGUUGCUUUUACACUGUUAAUAUCACAACAGUGGGUGAAGGAAAUUAUCCUGCUUUUGCCACAGAGCAAGGAUCGACAGUUACUGCUUCCGUGAGAAACAUGACUGUAACUGCUGAGAAUACCACGACACUGUCAGUAAAGUGGGACCAAGUACCUGGAUGUGUAAAGGAGUACCUAGUGACCGUCAAUAAUACUGAAAAGAGGACCAACACAACCUCGGUGCAAUUUUCAGACCUCUUGCCUGGUCAUAAUUACACUGUAAACAUAACGGUGGAAGCAGAUGGAGGACGUUCACCAGCACAACUCGAGACUGCAAAUACCUAUCCUGCGAAUUUGAAUAAUGUGAUCUGCGGCUAUGCGAUGUCCGGCUACAGCAUUGCUUUGUCUUGGCCGCGCCCUCCCGGAGCGUGGACCAGAAUAGAAGUGCGAGUUGGGAGUGUCAGAACCGAGAACCUUACUGGCACAGAAACCAGUAUAGUGGUCAACGGGGUGCAGCCUGCUCAGGUCUAUCCCAUCAUUCUGACCUCCUACUCUGGAACCCUGAGCAGCUCACCCAUCACUAUCCACUGCACGACUGAUCCGAGAGGAGUGAUAACGGGGUCGGUCACGGCAGUCCUGCUACUUAUUCUGGUGAUUUUAGUUGUUGUCUUUGUUCUGCGUCAUAAACCAGAUUUGUUCAGUCAGAGGUUCUCUGCCAAAUCCCAAGGAGCUGGUAGCAAGUUCAAACCUGUUCCUGUACACCAGUUUCCUGCUCACUUCCAGGCGCUCAGCUGUGAUCAGAAUAGAGGAUUCAGUGUGGAGUACGAGGAUCUCUGCGCUGUUGGCCUGGAGCAGACGUGCAAAGCAGCUCUCGUCCCAGACAACAAGGCCAAGAACCGUUUCACUAACGUGCUGCCCUAUGACUGGUCUCGGGUGAAGCUCACAACCGUUGACCGCGAUGUCAACUCCAACUACAUCAAUGCCAACUACAUGCCUGGCUACGGCACCAAUGCCCAGCAGUACAUUGCGGCUCAAGGUCCACUUGAGGCCACGGUCCUGGACUUCUGGAGAAUGAUCUGGGAGAAGGGUGUUCGGGGCGUCGUCAUGGUGACCAACUGCAUCGAGGGAGGAAAGGUUAAGUGCGAACAGUACUGGCCUCUGGACUACACGCCGUGCACUUACGGACACCUGUCGGUCCUGGUCAUUGCCGAGCACAAGGAGAAACACUGGAUAGUGCGAGAGUUUGAGGUCACCAAUAGGAUGACGCUGGAGGUGCGCUCCGUUACACAUUUCCACUUUACUGCCUGGCCGGACCACGGUGUACCAGACAGCACAUCGGCGCUGCUCGAAUUUCGGGGGCUUGUGAGAAACCAUAUAGAGAGCUAUACCUCAUCUGGGCCUACUGUGGUACACUGCAGCGCGGGCGUGGGCCGGACGGGGACCCUCAUCGCCCUCGACGUGGCCUUGCAGCAGCUGCAGAAUGAGAAGGUGGUUGGCCUCGCCGGCAUCGUCCACAGAAUGAGACUGCACCGGACCCUCAUGGUGCAGACCGAGUCUCAGUACAUCUUCCUACACCAAUGCAUCAUGGACCGGCUGAAUGAAGACAAGGUGAAAGAGCAGCCGCUGUACGAAAACACAGACUUGUUGUAUGUCAACGCAACGGCGCUCAGAGAGCUUCAGUCCAGUCAGAAACAUUAAUCGCCCCAAGAGGCUCCCUAUCUUCUGCGUAGGGUGACUACAUUCCCAGAAUUAUUUUAUUCUCAGAAGACUUUUAUUGAAACACUUAACAUGUCUGUGAAUACAGAUGCUCCUCUACUUGCGAUGGUUCGACUUACAAUUUUUCGAAGUUACGAUGGUAUGAUAGCAAUAUGCAUUUGGUAGAAUCUGUACUUCGAGUAUUGAAUUUCGAUCUAUUCCCACGCUUGCGAUAUGCGGUACGAUACUCUCUCCCAAUGCUGGGCGAUGGCAGCGAGCCGCAGCAUCCACUCAACGACGCUCGCAUUAGCGAUCAUGCGAACGACCGCGAGUGUAGACAAGCGAUACUGUGUCGAAAGCGUUUUUUUUUAUUUUGUGGUUUGCAUCCCAUCAUGUCUAGUGAACGCCCAUGUGUGUCUCCUGCUUCUGGUGAGAAGGAAAGGAGCAAAGCAAUUACUCUGGAGAUGAAAGUAUAUUCUUCGUACUGUAUUCUUUUUCGACUUACGUUUUUCCCACUUACGAUGGAUUUAUCGGAACGUAACCCCAUCGUUAGUCGAGGAGCACCCGUACACUUAAGCAACAUAAUUUAUUGACUUUACAUUUUUGAUUACGUUCGGAAUUGCAGUAUUUAAAUAUAUGCAAAUAUAGAUCUUCUGCACUGUACCUACACAGACUCAAAUCACUGUAAAGUAUUUUUUCUUGGCUUUGUGGCAACUGUUUGAAAUGAUACUAUGUUUUAAAAGCGAUAAAAGUGACAAAAACUUUGCAUCAAUAAGAAGAGGCCAUAAUGUUGGUUUUUUAAAACACUACUUCUCUUCAUGGCACUCCCUGAAGUCAGUAGACUGUAGGAUCACUCAGCCUAUUGUUUGCCCCCCCUCCCCCUCGUCUGUAACAUGGGGCUCCUGGAGCGACAAAAACUCACUGCAAAAUCAACAAAAACAUACAUAGCCAUUUAAUACAUUAUUCGAACCUUAUUAUUCUUAUGGAUAGUUUUCCCCCCACAAUACUACUGCAGUAUCUUGUUUAAAAACAUGUGUGACAUUACAGAUGUUUGUGCCAGUUGCUCUAGGCAACAUCAUCAUUGCCAGAAUUGCAUCUGUACUAUAAAUUAGUUUUAAUAAUGUGCACACAGCUUGUGCAGUGGGGAAAAAAAGUAUACAGAUGAGUUGUUCAACUCUUGUUUUCGACAUCUGAGUGGAUUUUUCUUCAGAGGAAGCCAAGGAUGCCUUCAGCCCACACUGCCUGUUGGCAGCUCUUAAACUGUUAAGUCAAUGUCAGUAUCGUAUGUCUUUUUUAAUUUGUUUGCACUAUUGUCUCUUCCAAUGUGUUACUAAUAAAAUUAUUUUCUUGUAUUUAAUUUUUUUUUUUUUGAGAAAUAUGCCCACAGUGACUACAAUUGUAAAUUGCUUGUGCUCAAAGGCUCUUGAGGUAGAGCUUAUGUAUGAAUAAACAGCUCACAAAUCCCUGAA